AUCAGUUUGUGUCUCUUCUACAUUAUCUGAAUGCACAUUUAUUAAAACAAGUCAGUUUUACUGCAUCAGUGAGCAUGUGAUGAAAAGGCCAGUAGGUAUUGGCUCCAGGACCAUUGUACUGGCAAGUUUCCCAGGGCCAAGCAAAAUAUCACCUGACCCCUGCCUGAAAUAGCCCCGUGUGCACAAACAACCUACAUAAGUGCCUGUUUCCUUCUGGAUACAACGCACUACCACCACCACCGUUAAAAACAAACUAAUUAGCUCCAGCAUGGCAUAUGUGGCACCUAAGAUUAAGUGGCACAAACGAAAGACGUACCGCACUGACGUGAUCGCCACAGCCAAGACCACGGGUUCUGUCCUACACUUCUGGAACUCUCUGCUCGUUGGUGACGAACUGAUGAUUCUCAGCAUUUUGGACGAUGACGAGUAUGACUACCUUGUCGAUGCUAUUUAUGACACCAGCAACAUAGAGGAAUGGAAGAGCUUCAGAUUUAACUACAGAGGCCUGAGACUGUGGUCACUGACUUAUGAGCAGGAACUGACCACGCCACUUCACAUCACAGCCGGUCGAGGCUUCACAGACUGCCUGAAACUCCUGCUGCAACGCGGGGCCAAUGUAGACCUCGCGCCCGGUGGCACCACUGCCCUCCACGAGUCGUGUGAAAACUGCCAGCCAGAGUGCACCAAACUGCUGCUGGUCCACGGUGCCAACGCCAACGCUGUCUCUGAAGACGGCCUCAUGCCUUUGCACGUUUGCACAAGUCCAGAAUCUUUUGACUGUGCCAAAUAUCUCCUUCAGUACGGAGCAGCAAUCGGUGGCCACACUCUCGAUGACAGUGACACUCCUUUACAUGUGGCGGCCAGGAGCGGCCUACCAGACCACACUGAGCUGUACCUGCGAUACGGAGCGACUGUGGACAAACAGAACGACGAGGGUCUCACACCUCUCAAUGUGGCUUGUUCUCAGCCUCAGCAGGUGCAGGACCUCCAGCGUUACUUCAAGGUGUGCCGGAUGCUGCUGGGAGCGGGGGCUGACGUCCACACGACGGACCAAGACAAACACACUCCUUUGCACAUGGCCUGUAAGAAUGCCAAUCCAGACAUCGUGGAUCUGCUCCUGGCUAACGGGGCCCAUGUUAACAACAUGGACUACGGUGGUGAGACUGCCCUGCACAACAUUCUAAAGGUGGUGUGCUACAAGGUUUCCCAUCACCCAGAGAGGAUCGUCCGUGCUCUGCUCAACCAUGGUUCUAUCCGCGUGUGGCCUGGAGCUCUGCCAGUGGUUUUGAAGCACUGCUCUGAGUCUCCACACACCAUCGAGGUUCUUCUCAACGCCUACAGUCACCUCAAAGUCACAGACACCUGGGUCGAGUCCGUCUCUACAGAGGCGUUUAAGGAGCAUAAAGAGUUCUAUGAGUCAGUCUUCUCCUUGACGCUGACACCUCGCUCCCUGCAGCACUUGGCACGCUGCAGACUCAGGAGCUUCCUGGAGGGCCGAGUGCACCAGGUGGUGCCAAAACUCGACCUCCCCACUUUCAUCAAGAACUACCUGCUCCUGGAAUUCAGAGGCUACGUCCACUGAAGAGAACAUUACUCACACGUAUAAUAUUGUGGAUUGUAUUUUUUUAUUUUUUUGGUGCCACGAGUGACCUUUUGAGGAGGUAGAAGCAGCUGCUAUUUUCUCUUUUAUUCCAUAUCAAUCUCUCAGCACUGUAAUGUGUUUGAUUUUGCACCACAGGAGGGCGCUAUAGACUUGAGUUGACAAAGUAUAGGUUACCAAAGCAACUGUUUUACAUUUCAUUUAAUGUGUGAUCACAUUUUGUAUCUCUGCACUUGAUAGUGAAGAUGCUAUCCUGCGUUUAUUUGAUUUAUUUUUUAUAAAUAAAAAUCCAAAUUGAACAAUAACUCCCAGGGUAAUUAUGCGUUUUACUUCAAAAUUUUCAUUAUUAAAUAUGUAUUAUUGCCCAUCGAUAUGAUUGUAAUUAAUUAAUUUUAUAUUACGACCAGAUAUAAAAUAAAAAUAU